AUGGUGUCCGUUUACAUAUUCGCCUCUACAUUGGCGUUGCUGAUAGGAUUUAACCACGCAGAGCCCAGUUUGGAAGAUUGGCCCGCCAAUUGUACAGGGAAGUCGUACUGCCGCGAUCAACCAAGCUACUACCCGCAUAAGAAAUUUGAGGAGCUUUUGAAGGGACAGAGUUUUGAGUUCGCGCAAGGCGUCUUCCUCGUGAACCACACCAGCGGUGAGGAUGUAGCUGGCUGCGACAACCAGAGAUCUUUUGGGAAGAUUUAUUUGAUCCUUGACAAGAACGACAAGAUACGGUACGUCGCGCAAAACAAAGACGUCUUCUCGGUUGAAAUUGGAGUAGAGGAAUGCCAAUAUCCUGGCCCGUACCAGUCUUCAGCCCUAGACGAAAGCAGACAAAUGGAACACCCAGUCGCCUGCCACGAAACGAAAAUUCCAUUCAUGUUCCCCGUGCUGACGCUAGAUGGCGCGGCUUUGGAAUCUGUGUCGCCCAAAGAUGGCCUCUCAGUGAGCUGCUCUGCUAAAGUUAUGCAGAAUAAUUAAU